CCGCCUCCGCCGGACGUGAGGUCGCGGCGGAGGGCGGGGCCGGGGCCGGAAGCGAGCGGCGCUGGGCUGGGAGGCAGCGAGGAGCCGGUGGCGGAGCCCGCGGGAGCCCUGCAGCAUCUCAAGAGGAAAGAUCCAUUUUGUGUAGGAACAAGCAAUUUCCGGAGGCAGCCCCAAUGACAGAACUGUCUGCACAUUUACCCCAGUUUCAGCAUGGACAGCUGACAGAAAACUUCCCUGAUAACCACCUCAGCAAUACACAAGAGUCCAUGGCCUCUGCUCUGUUUAAUUCUGAUCAGAAUGACAACAGCGAAAGACGUUGCCACGAUAAUAGUGAGCGCAGAAGAAAUGACAAUCCUGAGUCUGAGACCAAUGGGCAGCCACAAAACAAUAUGCAGCGAGUGGUGGAACAAGAUGAAGAUGAUGAUGAGGAGCUGACACUGAAAUAUGGGGCAAAACAUGUCAUUAUGUUGUUUGUACCUGUCACACUUUGCAUGGUGGUCGUUGUUGCAACCAUCAAGUCUGUCAGCUUUUAUACGCGCAAGGAUGGACAGCUCAUCUACACUCCUUUCACAGAAGAGACAGAGACAGUAGGACAGAGAGCACUGAAUUCAAUUCUCAACGCCGCUAUCAUGAUCAGCGUUAUCAUUGUCAUGACCAUACUCCUGGUUGUGCUUUACAAAUACAGGUGCUACAAGGUGAUCCAUGGCUGGCUUAUCAUUUCUUCUCUUUUGCUGCUUUUCUUUUUCUCAUUCAUCUACCUGGGCGAGGUUUUUAAGACGUAUAAUGUUGCCAUGGACUACAUUACGGUGGCACUCAUAAUCUGGAACUUCGGUGUUGUGGGAAUGAUCUGUAUUCAUUGGAAGGGUCCACUUCGGCUCCAGCAGGCGUAUCUCAUUAUGAUAAGUGCUCUCAUGGCCUUGGUGUUCAUUAAGUACCUUCCUGAGUGGACUGCGUGGCUUAUCCUGGCUGUCAUUUCAGUGUAUGAUUUGGUUGCCGUCCUGUGUCCUAAAGGUCCUCUUCGUAUGCUUGUUGAAACAGCUCAAGAGAGAAAUGAAACUCUCUUCCCAGCACUUAUUUACUCCUCAACAAUGAUAUGGCUAGUGAACAUGGCUGAGGAAGAUCCAGAAGCCCAACGAAAAGCUUCCAAAACCUCUGCUUACGAUAAACAAGCUCUCGCAAACCAGACUCAGAAUGAAGAUGCUGAAGCAGAUGAUGGUGGCUUUAGUCGGGAAUGGCAGCAACAAAGGGACAAUAGAAUAGGACCCAUUGAAUCAACACCUGAAUCACGUGCUGCUGUUCAGGCUCUACCCAGUAACUCUCAAACAAGUGAAGACCCCGAAGAACGAGGAGUGAAGCUAGGUUUAGGAGACUUCAUUUUCUACAGUGUCCUUGUUGGCAAAGCCUCUGCAACAGCAAGCGGGGACUGGAAUACAACUUUAGCGUGUUUUGUAGCCAUAUUAAUUGGUCUGUGCCUUACACUUCUGCUUCUUGCCAUCUUUAAGAAGGCCUUACCAGCUCUUCCAAUCUCCAUAACCUUUGGGCUAGUUUUUUACUUUGCUACAGAUAACUUGGUGCAACCCUUCAUGGACCAGCUAGCGUUCCAUCAGUUUUAUAUCUAGCACACUUGAUGCUGGUAUUCUAUGGAUAUUUGUAGCAAAUGUGGGAGAAAAAAAAAAUGUUUUUCCCUCAGUCCUCAAGUGAGACUGCAGUUUAAUACUCAAGAUUCCAAGCCUGAAUCAUUACAACUUCCUCCGAUGGUGGUUUUUUUGUGUUCCCCCCCCCCCGAGACAACUGCUGCACUGGGCACCAUAUGAAUUUUCCUGUGUGAAAGUGGAUUCUUCCUGGUGGCUGGUCUAAACCGGGUGCUAUUAUAUCAGAGGUAAUCUGAUAUACAUAUCUCUGGUAAGGACCACUUGUCUGAAAAAUGCUAAUGCUUCCACCAGCAAUGUGAUCUCUUACCACAGGUUGAUUAUUUUCACAGCAUUAAGGGUGCUUGGACUUCCUUGAUGUUAACAGAGGAAGCUGACAAAUCACAUGGAACUUGUCCCUGUAACUGCUUGAAGAGCAGGAACCCAAUUCAGACUUCUUCAGCAGUGAUUCUUUGACAGUGGAGUCCUGACUCUGUGUAACAAGAAAGGACUUUGUAGCAAUUUGACAAAGGGAGAAAGUACUGUCACUCUAAGAGUGCUCCACCACUUCAUAGCCUCUGUGCCUGAGUGUGCUUGGUUUAGUAAAAUCAAAAGCUUGGGUUUUUUUUCCACACUGGAACUAGAGCCUUUUCUCAGUUUUAAUACUUUGUAUCCUCAAGCAUGGAGUGCACCUUCUGUACACCUCCUCCAGUUUAUGUAGCUACUUAGACUUGGACUGAAUUAUUUGGCAUUAGUGGGUCAUAAGGUCCUAAUUUGGAUCUUAGAUUCUAAAACGUUAAUAAACUACAUUAAAAAGCAAUUUCAGGACUUACUGUUUGUGCUCUUGCAGAUCAUUUUGCUAGAACACCAUUUCAAACCCUGUGUUUGAGAAAAGUCACUAACAGCAUGGACUGCAUUGUUGGUAUAUGUUCCUUCUAUUGAAAUUCUUAUGAAGUAUGUAGACAUUUAUAGUAAUCCCAGAUGGAGUUUAGCUUGCCAGAUCUAGAGGCCAAAGUCCUAUUUAUACCACUUGUAAUGCAUCACUGAAAUUUUUCUUCUUCAAAAACGUGGUUUACAGUUCUGUUGACCUGAAAUAUUGGUCACUCAACCAUCUAACCCUCAGGUGGGGCAGGGACCUUUUUUUCAUGCAGAAUCUUUAUCGGUGAGGGUACAUAAGUUAGGUGAGAGAAUACUUAAUGUUACCAAGGAGCAAAAUGUGUGGCCCUCUUCACUUUACCUCUUCUGUGAGGAACUGAAGACUGGAGAAAUGAAAAAAACCUCAAAAUCACUGAAAAGAAGAUAUGAGGUUUUGAACUUCUAACAAGAAAAAUAAUUGAUCCAAACCUUAAAACGGCUAAACUCUCUUCUUCAUUUGAGAGAACUCAUUUAUGAAUAAUUGCUUGGAAAUGAGACUUGUGUGAGAUGAAGUUGUUUUUGCCAUAGGCUCUUACCCUGUACAAGCCUCUUUUUUUUUUUUUGAGGGAAGCAUAGGGAGUGGAUACUGUUGAUGGGCAUUCCAUUUUACUUGCAGCUUGACACUGGAGUCCUUGCCAAGUAGAACAACUGUCAAAAUCCUGACGCAGGCUCCUUUUACUUUUUUUCUGGGGCUUUGUUUCGGUGCCUGUAGAUUCAAAGGACUGAGGCAUCACAGAUGCUCACCAACCAUUGCCCAAGUAAGGGAAGAAAGGCUGUGAUAGAUAAAUGUGCUUUAAAAUCAAGAAAGGCGUACUUUGAUUGUCCUUGGAAACAUCUGUCUCUUCCAGUAUGACUUGCUAACUGUAGUGUUAGCAUUUGCAUUUUCAUAAAAUAUAUUGUCUUGUCUCCUCUAAAGUACUUCUGUUCAUCUUAUUUGUGUGCUGAUUUGUCAUGGAUAGUUUUAAUAAACUAACCAUAUCAAAAUUGCUUACACUGACUUUUCAAGUCAAACUUGCUUGUGUUUUCUACCUUAAAUCACUGUUCCAUAUUUUGCUGCAAUGAACCCUGACUUAAAACAGAUUGGUUGCUUUUUUGGUUUUUUUUUUGUUUCUUCUGGGUGGCUUUUUUUUUGGUGUUGUGUUAGUUUUUUCUUUUUUUCUUUUGUUGUUUUGUUGUUUUUUUUUUAACAAGACUUUGAGUUGUUUUUAUUCUAUUGUACCAUGUCCCUUUGCUGAGCAUUAUAUCUAAGAAAAUUCCCUUGUGUGUUCUACUGGGCAUCCUUACUAUUGUUUCAUUGUAUAGAACAAGUUUGCUAAGAGUUGGCAUGACUAGCAUCUCUUCACCUAUCUAAGCUGACUCUCAGUUAAGAGUUGUUACUCAAAUGGGUCAUUCAUCUUUAUUGUUUGGGUUUUUUUGGCUUAAAUAUGCACCAUGGGAGCACUAGCUCCAUUAAGAGUUGCUUUAGAAUCUAUGGAAAUGCACAAAAGCCUUUCCACAUACUUGAAUGAGUGUUAGAUGCACAACCCAAGGAAGAGCUCAGAAUCCUCAAACUCUGAAUUGCCGGUCUUCCACUCCCCAGAGCUGCUUCUGCUAUCCUGAAGUUUUAGUUUCUGAGCUAGUGUGGAGUUACAGUGGUGGAGACUAUAAAAUUUCUAUUCACAGAACCUGUUGAAGUUUGCGUGUUUGAAUCUCAAAAUACAUUCAGAAGGGAAAUUGCUUUUCAAGCCCAGGCCAAUAUAUGUUAAAGUACACUGCUUAUUACCAAGACGUAUAUACACCUUCAAAAAUCAGAUGAAAUUUUAUAGAUUUGCCUUUUUAUGCCAAGUCAUGGUAGUUUAUGUUCCAAAUUAUAUCUUGCAACUAAAGAUCAUCUCAGUACUUGGGUCCUUAAGGUUCAGUUGAGAAUAGUUUUUGUUUGCAUUUGGGAUUUUAUUGCAUAGGUGUGAAGGUUUUUUAACUUUUCUCUCCUUUGUCUUAAAUAUCUGGUAUGUAGUCUGCAUCUUUGAGGGAGUUUUCAUUAUUAUUAAAUUAAUAUGUUAAUGACAGCACAUUAGACUAGCUCUGAAAGAACUAUUGUGUAACCCUAGUAGCUAGAUUCAGCUCUUUUGUGCCCAAGUAGACUGACUGAUGACUGUUGUGUGACUGUUUCAGUAUUCAUACUUUGAAAUUGGGUGUCAGGAUAGCUUUCUCUCCCCUUUCAGCUUACAUCAAUGAUUAGUCUCCUUCUUUGGCUAAGCUUCAAAUAAAUAAAUAGGAAGACAUAAUAUGGAGUUACAGACUUGCCUAAAAACCAGCCACUUUUUUUUUUUUUUUUAUUGGGGGACUUAAUCCAGGGCAAAAAAGAGAGAUCCCUGGAUGCUGGUCUUAUAGCAGAGGUAUAUGAUGCUGUCGUACCUAGGUAUGGCUAUUAUGGUAGCACUCAAAUUCAAAUGUCAUCUGUGUGAGGUGAGUCUUGAAGGUACACAUGUGAUAUUGUAACGUAUUAAGAAUAGUUCUGACUGGGCAGAUGAUGACUUCUUUGAGACAAAUAAUCAAGGGCUGUGCUCCACUAAAAAUGGCUAAUCUCAAUGUACAAAGCAGACCCUGACUAUUCCAGGCAUAGGAGACUGGUGUUUCUUGGAUAUAUAGAUAUAUAUCUAUACCUAACGACAUGUAGGUGUAUAUUAUAUGGACUCUGGGCUUGUAGAUGACAACUGUUCUGCCAUUAGCGCAGUCAAGGAUUAAAUAUGCAGAAGUACAUUUUGGGCAGACAGUACCGUAUGUCAAAAAUUCUCAAAAUGCUUUAUUUAAAAAAAAAAACAAAAAACUUUUGGCAACGAUGCUGUUGAAAAAAGUUUAAUAGACUGUGGAACAUGUCUGCACUGUGAUUGCAUCUCAGUGGUAACUUGGUCAUUGGGAACGCUGAAACAUGAACUAGAAUGGAAUUCUUUUACACUCAAAGCAUUCGCUGUUUUCUUUUUUACAAACACUGGUUUGUACAUAAAUCUGAAUUGAAUGUGAAUGUUUUUUAAACACCUUUCCGGUUCUUGAUAAGAUACAUUUUUGAUAGAUUAUUGCAAAUUUUCCUGUAUUUGUCUAAUUAUUAAAAUAAAAGUUGCAUGGAUCCUGA